GCUGCUGCUGCUUGUACACAGCCUGACCAGCAGCAGAUGCGGUGAUGGAUCCUCGCUGCUCCUGCAGGGAUUCUGGGUUUGGUGUCUGGAAUGAUGAUGGAUUUAAGGUCGAACGGCACUGACAGUCCACAGCUUUCCACUGAGGACACGCGUGGAGUCCAGACGCAGCUGAUAAUAUGACCCUCCGCCUCGAGCGUUUCUGCAUGUGUGUGUUUUAACCCUGUGAAGCUGCGUGGAGAUGGUCUCUGCUCUCCACCAUCACCCCGAUCACCGCCGGUUAUGCAUGUGACCAGGCUGUAUGGAGUUGCCCAAGACCCAAAAGCAGCCUCAAGGGGGCAGGAGCAGCCCCAAAACUGAUCCAGAAAAGGGUGAAAUUCAUGGCAGUCAAGGACAUGGACCACUUAUGGCCCCAGAUCAUGGAACUGCCACCUUAAACAAUGCAAAUGUUUCUCGAGAAAGUCUGUCAAUCCCAGACACCCUGGAUAUGCCUCCAGAAGAGCUUAGUACCAGUACUGAGAGCAGCACUCAAGCCUGUAGCUCUGUUAAAAAGAGCAGAACCCAUGACUGUGUAAUAGAGAGCGCAAUAAGCCCUGGAUACAGAGAUGGAGCCUGGACUCCUACCAUGUAUCAUCCCCACAGGCUCGUCAACAGUGCCAGCUUUGCUGGGUUUGGAUCAACUCAUAUGGUGCUACGUGAGAAUCAGAACACAUCUGGCAGCAACCGCGAAAUCAUUGAUUACCGCAAUCUUACACCUCAAGUACCGUUCGUGCCUUCAAUAGCCAAGUCCAUUCCAAAAAAGAGGAUCUUUCUUAGGAAGCCCAAGAAGACCAUCAAGGAGUUUUUCGUUCACAAGAAGCACAGCGGCGAGAAAGCCAUGUCACCAUGUGUGUCAAGGGAGCAUGGACCAACGUCAAAACGGACCAAGAAGCCCUCAAGACGCCGUGAUCGGACCAGGACCUCUCAAGACUCACUUUCUGAUUCCUCAAGUGAAUGUUGCGCUAAUGUCUGUGAGGAUGCCGCAUCGCUGAAAAGCUUUGGCUCUCAAGCUGGAUGUGGAGAGAUAUUUGCAGAUGAGGAGUACUUUGUGUCACUCGAGGGAACUCUUAAGCUCGAGACUGCUAGCGAAACUCCAAGGCGAAGUCCAGUAGGUGCUGCCUUUCAGGGUGGCAAAGAGCAGCUAGCAUCUCCUGCUCAGCCUGAAGUGUUAGACCUUUUUGGAAUGUGGGAGACCUUCAACAAGACCAUUCUUUUUGGCGCAGACAGUAAUGCAACUUCAACACCAGCUUGUCUAUCACCAUCCACAAACAAGACAGCUAAUUCUUUAGAAGACCCUUCCAUCUCAGGAAGAUCUUCAGAGGUAAAGAUUACAGAAUUGAAUGCUAACUUGGAGACUCCAAAAAGUGAGAACCAAGAAAGCACCAGUGAUGAGGGUUACUGUGAUUACGUUUCUAACGAGGACCACACCAGAAGUUCGCUAACACCAGUCCAUUCUAGAAAAUUCCCCCGGGACACUUACAGUGGAGAUGCCUUGUAUGAGCUAUUUUAUGAUCCCAGUGAGGCAGAAAUGACCCCCAUCUUUGAUGAUGAGAUGGACCUGACCCAGAGCAUCAUUGGCCAGUCAAGUGACCUUCCAUUAUCCAUGUACAGCUUCCAUGUUGGAGCCGAAGAGAACCUGGCUCCUCCUCUUGCAGUGGACCUCAUCAGCCAUGAGCUUCUGCAGAGUAACUGGGCUGGGAGGGACUGCCUGCUGAAGCUUUGUGACACUGAAAUAUCAUUGGCAAUGGGUAUAGUUAACUGGUUGAAGCAGAAGACGUGCAAAGGUAGCCCAGCAGAGUUGGGUUCUCCAGAGACUACCUGUGGAGAUAAUAGAGAUGUAUGCCUAGAAGACAAAGCCCAAUCAACAGGGCUUCUGAAUGUGCCAAGGGGGAGAGCUCUAGCUGCAAAUAGUCGAGAGGACAUCUUAACUGACUUUAAGCCAAGGGAUUCUUGUCAGCUAGAUGUUGGUAAUCUUUUGGUGGACACUGUAAAACAACACAGUGGAGUGGUUUCAACUAUUACAACACCAGAGAGCCAACCAAGGACUCCAACAAGUCAUGUGUGCUUCCGGAUAUUCAACAUCAACUCCCCUUUGACUCCUACCAGAGACUUGCAGUCUCCAAUGGCACAUUCUCCUGGCUCUGGAACAAGUUCUUUGUUUGUGCUUGCUAUAAACAAAGAGUCUCUCUGUGAAUCUUGCAAGGCCUCCCUGAAACAUGGUGCCAAAGAACUUCACCUGUGCCAUUCUUGCACCUCCUUCAUUGAACAAAUCAAGACUUCAGAGCUUUGGGCCCAUGCCAGCCUUCAACAGUCUAAGCCUGCAGGAACUCCCCAGUCAGUAAAAGGUGGGCUCCUCCCAUCUCCAAGCAGCAGUUACGGGGUAGCAAGUGACAUCAGCAUUCUUUCUUUAGUGGAGCAAUGCACUAGUCAGGUGUCUUCACUAAGGAUUAACAAGUAUCAGAACUUAUCUGAUUAUGAAAGAAGAGCUAUUACUGAGCCAGUGACAGAUGCACAGCCCAAGAAAGAUCAUGCCAGGAAGUACCUCAAGACCAAGCACAAGAAGAAAGCAAAGACGGCAGCAAAAGGUGGUCUCCAUGUUAGCAAAUGCGCUCACGUCAAAAAUGGCUUCAACCAUGAAAUCCACAGUCCUUCCGUGUUGGAAGCAGAGGGACUUGGCCUUGUCACAACAAAUGAUUCUGAUGACUUAGUUCUGGAAACAUACAAGAGUCCUUGUUACCUGCAAACUAAUCCUCUCCAUGACACAGACGUAUCUCAAGGCUCUAGACCCAUGUCCCUUCCUCUCUCAAGCAAUGACUGGUCUGAAAUUUCUAGAAAAGAGCAUCACAAAGUCAAAGAGAAACCUCAUGAAAGAUCACAACGACACAGGAAGCCUGUGCCGAACCGGGAUGGACCGUUUGACUCUGCCUUCACAGAGGAGACGAAGGUGGAGAGAAAGCGCAGGAUGAAGAAAUGAGGCCUCUGCCAAACAGAUUCUCUUUGUGUGGAUCCAGGAAUGAGUCCGCAGAGCUGAACUGAUCACAGUCCAGUGGAAAACUGUAUUUGGCAGCUAAAACUUCCACCAGCUGUCCAGACCUCUCUGUUGGCAUGUUUUUUCUUCCCCUGGACUCACAGCACUGCCAACGGGAUCAUCUGUAGCUCUCCAUCUGAACUGUUCGGCGACUGACACCUGUCUCCUUCCUACCUGCUUCCUUCACUCGGGACAGAGUGGUCUCAGUAGUAGCACUGAUCAGAAACAAUAGCGGAACACUUACCGACGGUUUCCAGCUCCAGUUCUCUAGUCCACCUUAGCUGGCGUUGCUUAUGUAGAGAUGGGCUCCGUUUUAA